UGAGGUCUAUUGUCUAUCUGAGAUUCUAAUUCCAGUUUGAAUGAAUAUGUGCUGCGAAUUGAAACUGAUUAUUUUUUGUUGUGUACUUUGUUCGUUCACUAUUUUACGCACGUGUUCUGGCGUGACAUUGAACAUGCUGGCGAUUCUUCCAAAGUCCGAUGGUUACUUCAAAUUUCCUUUCGGUCAGGAGAUGUCUGGUGCAGCAAUUUACAGUGCUUUGGAGGAGAUCGAACGCCGCGGUAUUUUACCAGGUUACAACUUCUCGGUGACAUUCGUUGAUACGGGAUGCAAGGCAAGAGAAGGACUAGGCAAUGCCUACACAGCCCUUCAAUCAAAACAGUUCGAUGUGGUGAUCGGGCCCCAGUGUUCUAACGUGUGUCGUCAUAUCGGAAGACUUGCCGCCUACCUAAACCUGCCAGAGUUCUCUGGGGUAUGCCAAGGCAUAGAGAUGUUGGAUAAAGUUGAAUUUAGGACCCUUACCCGUUUCUUGGGAACCUUCGAAAAAAGUGCUGCCAUGGUUUAUGAAAUGGUACAGACAUUUCGAUGGACCCGUGUCAGCGUCAUCUGGGAGAAGCACCCGGACAUCGUGUGGAUCCUGACCAAUGAUGCUAUACAGAAGGUCAUGAGUGAUAACAACGUGACUGUCGCCAGGACGGAAGUGAUUGGUGACGACCAGCCUGUAAGCCUGGAGGAGGCAUUGAAGAAUUGUGCAGCGGUCAGCAGAAUCAUCAUCCUAGCCAUUCGAGGUGACAAAGUGCGUAAGAUUGCCCUCCUCGCGUACGACCAAGGCCUGAUCAAUGGGAACUACAUAUUCUUUAGUCUUAUCUACUACCCGCAGAAAAGGGCAUAUGGCGACUUUAACUGGAAACAGAAUGACGGAAGGGAUGAUGACGCCCUGAAGGCUUAUGCAGCACUCUUCUUUAUCUUGUACUACAAUCGACACACGGGCGAGGAGUACAUUGCCUUCGAACAAGAUGUCAAGACAAAAGCUAAACAGUACUUCAAUUUCUCGUACGAUCCAGGAGAGCAGGUCCCCUACCAAGCGGCCAAUGUGUAUGAAGCGGUUUACUUGUUCGCCAGGUCUGUCAAUGAGACUCUAGCCGAGGGAGGUGAAAUAAAGAACGGCACGCUCAUCUCACAGCGUCUGUGGAAUCGGUCAUUUGAUAGUAUUACUGGUGCGCUGACAUUGAAUGCCAACGGUGAUCGUGAGCAAGCUUUCACAGUCAAACAUCUCCAGAGCUUCAAGACAGGAGAAAUUCAGACGAUAGGACACUACUUCAGCAUCAAUGCUCGUUUCCAGUUCCUGCCAGGGAUAGUGGUGCUCUGGCCCGGGGGAAGGACGACGGCGCCACUCGAUAGGCCAACCUGCGGAUACGAAAAUGAGUUUUGUAAAGAAGCGGAAGAGCAGCGAUUGGUGAUAACCCUUGCAGCGGUAACGGCUACCCUGGUCGUCACGAUGGUCCUGGUUGUAUCUGCGGUCUACUUCAUAUACAGGAGAAUGAUAUGGUUAAAAGCGGUUAAUGAUAUGAAAUGGAGCAUAAACAGGGUCGACAUAAAGCAAAACAAGGCAGCGAAUAGUAUGAUGUCACAAGUUUCUUUUGUUUCAUUGGGAAACAAAUCGGGCAUCGACCAACAAUUUAUCGAAACUGGGAUUUAUCAGGGUAACAUAGUUGCCAUGAAACACAUGAUUCACGUGAAGGAAGUGAAGUUGACUAACGCCCUCAAACAGGAGAUGAAAAUGUUGAAUGACCUAACUCAUUCUAACGUGGCACGUUUCAUUGGAGCUUGUAUCGAACCCAGUAAUGUUUUGCUCAUUACAGAAUAUUGUCCAAAGGGGAGCUUACAGGACAUUCUUGAAAAUUUUGACUUCGCCAUGGACCUACAUUUCAAGUUCUCACUCAUUAAUGACAUCCUGGAGGGUUUGACCUACAUACAUGAUUCCUACGCCAAAACGCAUGGCAAUCUGAAGAGUUCCAAUUGCCUGGUAGAUAACCGCUUCCUGGUAAAGCUUGCGGAUUUUGGUCCCGCGGAGUGGUACAUGAGGGACAAUAAGCCAGCCAAAGAUCUUCUUUGGACUGCCCCGGAAGUUCUCAGAAAAUUAGUUAAAGUUAGCACAAAAGAGGGCGACAUCUACAGCUUGGCUAUCAUCCUUCAGGAGGUUGUUGAAAGGAACGGGGUAUUCUAUAUGUCAGAGAGCACUUACAGCAGUGAAGACAUUGUCGCAGCAGUCAUCAAUCGAGCCACCUCACCCGUACGUCCAACUCUUGACCCAUCCAACUGCUCAGGUCCACUUGCCAUCCUGAUACAAAAAUGCUGGGCGGAUUAUCCGACGGAGAGACCCAGUCUCAAAGCAAUAGUCUCGGAAUUCGUUAAGGCCACUGGUACAAGGAAGACGAACAUCAUGGACGUCCUGAUUCGGCGUAUGGAAAAAUAUGCUAAUGACCUGGAGAACCUGGUGGAACAAAGGACGGCAAAAUAUCUUGAGGAGAAAAAGCGCACAGAAGAUCUUCUCCAUAGGCUACUUCCAGAGUCCAUAGCCAAGCAAAUCCAAGCCAAGGGCCAAGUGGAUCCCGAGUCAUAUGGGUGCGUCAGUAUAUACUUUAGCGAUAUCGUUGGAUUUACUAAACUUUCCUCCGAGAGCAAACCAAUAGAAAUUGUUGAAUUCCUGAAUGACCUUUAUUCUGCAUUUGACUUUGAGAUAUCACGUUUCGACGUCUAUAAGGUUGAAACAAUCGGCGAUGCCUACAUGGUAGUCUCCGGCAUGCCUAAGAGAAACGGUGACCUACAUGCCUCCGAGAUUGGGAAGAUGUCCUUGGGCCUUCUUAACGUCGUCAAAACAUUCGUAAUCAAGCACCGUCCUUUUGACAAGCUCCUGCUGCGGAUUGGUGCCCAUUCGGGCCCAUGCGUUGCUGGUGUUGUUGGGACGACGAUGCCUCGGUACUGCCUGUUCGGCGACACGGUAAAUACAGCUUCAAGAAUGGAAAGCCUGGGUGAAGCUUUAAAAAUCCACAUCAGUGCUGCAACGAAUAAACUGCUGGAAUCAAUCGGAGGGUUCAUCAUUUCUAUGCGAGGUGAUAUUGAUGUCAAAGGCAAAGGGAAAAUGACCACAUAUUGGUUGGAAGGUCUUCAAGAGGAAACGGCUACAUGAAGGACGAAAGCUCCUGGACGAAAAUCUCAACAACUAUAGAUAAUUCCGGCUCUGUUGCCUAACAGAAGUGAUACUUUGAUCUAGAGAAGUGUGACUCAUGAUAUACAAACGGAGUCUCCUUUGGAUCAUUCCUUGAACUACCAUAACUAUCACAUACCUGUAUUAAAAGCGCAAUCUUCGCACUCGGGCGCGGCAGUACUUGUUGUUAUUUUUGAGGUGGACGCUCCUUGCCGAUCCCUAAAAGGUCCAGCAAUCCUGCAUGUUUGCACUAGCACCACGCUAGAAACGGAUUCUUCAAAUUUCCACAAAAAGACAAAAUGGACACAGAAACUGGCGAUUUAUCACUUUCAUUAAUUGAUGAAGUCAAUCUUAUGCAUCAGCAGCAUCACCUUCUUCCGCGCUUGAGAGAGCCAGCCUGUUAUAAGUA